CUGGAGUCUAUAUGGAAUGCAAGAGUCUUCUUCCUUAGCAGAAUCGAAGUGAAGACGAUUCCUUCACUCCGCUUACCGUCGCAUUACUGCCUUUCUUGUCCCACGCGUGCACCUUCGCGAGCCGUAUGUUUCGUUUAAUUUAACUGUGCAGUAGCUAUAUUUCACAUAUACCAUUUAGUCAGAUGGCGCUGGCGGUGGCGUCCUUGCGCGCCGCUGCCGCAGCGGGCGGCAGCCCUGUUCCUCUACAAGCUGCUCGUGGCUGGCUAUGCAGCCUUUUGUUCCAGCAUGUGGAGUCAAACGUGCAGCUAGCGGUCCCAUCGUGUAGCCGUGCGCAGCACAUCAUGGCUCGGCCAUCGGAACGACAACAGGCGUCAGUAGUUCCAGAAGCCAUUCUACAGGAGCUUAGAGAGCUUGAGGGCCCCCUCCUCUCCUCCUCCCGCCUGGACGGCCGCCAGCGCACCUCCCUCCGCCUCUCCGCCUCCUCCCUGCCCGCCCCGCUGCCGCCCCAUGACGUGGAGCCGGGACUGCCCUGCCUCACCGCGCACGUGCGCCCACCCCAGGCGGUGGGAGGCACCGCAUCCAAGUGGCUGAGGCGGGCGGGCAGAGUGCCCGGCAGGGUGCACUCCAUCGUGGGAGGAGGCAGCAGCAGCAGCGGCACGGCGGCGGCGGAGGAGGCUUCUUCCUCGCAGGCUGCUGCAGGAGGGGGUCAGGGGAAGGAGGAAGCGGCCGGGCGGCCUUGGGAGCUGCUGCUGCACUUUGAUGAGAACGAGCUGGGGAAGAUGAUCCGCUCUUUCGGACGCAACGGCUGUACGGCACGCGUACUGCAACUCAAUCUGGCUCGCCCGACGGAAACCCUUGCCGUUGAAACCACCACCUCCUCCACCUCUUCAUCACCAUCUUCUUCCUCGUCGGCAGCAGCAGCAGUUAGCAGCAGCCCUGGUCAAGGGGAGCUCCUGGGUGUCAUGCGGGUGAAGCCGGUGCGUGUGCACAUGAACGCAGUGACGCAGCGGUUGGAGGGGGUGGAUCUGCUGUACUGCCCGCCGGAUCGUGUCGUACUGGUGGACGUGCCCGUACGGCUGGUCAACGAUGAUCUGGCGCCUGGGGUCAAGAAGGGCGGUUGGAUGUGCGUGUACAGGCGCACCGUACGUUACAAGGCUCUGGGCGGUGCCGUACCGCCGUACAUUGAGGUGAAUGUACGGCACAUGGAGCUGGAGCAGGAGAUCCUGAUUCGUGAUCUGCCCGUGCCGCCCGGAACCAAGAUCUACGAGAAGAACUACAACGCACCCGUGCUGAAGUGUACCACGGAUGUUGGCAAGGACUGAGCGGAUUGGGAGUUGCGAGGAGAGUGGGCGGGUUCUUGCAGGGUCCUCUGAGGGCCUUGCAGGGUCCCUUGUCGUAAUGUGGCCGGACGUUUUUGUUUUGGGUAGAAGUUUGGGCGGGAGCCCAGAAGGGAGGAGAAGAGAACAGGAGGAGCGUGUGUUGGGGGCUAUGGUGGGGGCGGGCGGGGUUUAGGUACGCAUGCGAUGGUGAGCUGUUGAGAUGUUGGGGGAGGCUGCGCGCGGCUUGAGGUCAGAGGUGAAGGACCGAGGGAAAGGUAAAGUAGGUCAUGCCUUGUGCAUAUUGGACUUUUGGGGGCUUAGGACUUGGGUGGGGACGUGGUGUUGUCGAGUACUUUAGGGAAGGGCAGCUGUUUGUAGGUACAGCCGGUAGCAUCACCGGAAAUUCGCUGCCCAGUUGGCGGUUGGCGGCAGCAAGGGCAGGCAAACGGAGUCCCAAGGGGCGGAGGUCCCUUCAGGAGAAGGGGUAUACGGUACAUCCAACGCAGUCCGGAUUGUAACAAGGGGUAAGGCUCAUGCCCUACCCAACAUCAGGCUGCCGUACAGAAAUGCCCUAGACAGAUGGGCGCUGUGCUUGCGGCUUGUUGCGAGCAAGGAGCACGCAUGAGGG